AUGGAGGAACAGAGCAUCCCAUGCACACUCAGGGACACUUGCAAGCUGCAGAGUUUCCCUGUCACACGCCCUCAGCUGUUGGGGCUCCCCUCUGAUUCCCCAGUGACUAGUGAGGACCAGGAGACCCCAGCUCAUUCAUCUCUUUCCUUUGUCUCCACAGCAUACCCAGUGCUGGGACCGGGCAUGACCGUGAACCCUGGCGCCUCCCUGUCUGUGUUCACGGCUCUGCCCUUCGCCACACCCGCUCCCGGCCCAGCACACGGACCACCCCUCGUGAUGGCAGCAGUUCCUCCAGGCGGCCCUCUGGUGCUGUCUGCCUUCCCCAGCACACUUCUGGUGGCAGGACAGGAUGGCCUUGGCCCGAGUGGGGCCGGGGCUUCCAACGUCUUUGUCCAGAUGAGGACAGAAGUGGGGCCUGUGAAGCCCCCUCAGGCACAGACUUUGGUCCUAACUCAGGACCCCCUCAUCUGGCAGGCUCCAGGCGCCCUCUGCGGAGGUGUUGUGUGUCCACCUCCCCUACUCCUGGCAGCUGCUCCUGGGGUGCCCAUUACAUCUGCCCAGGUGGUUGGGAGCACCCAGGCCUGUGAGGGAGGCUGGUCCCAGGGCCUUCCUAUUCCACCACCACCACCACCGGCUGCCCAGAUGCCUCCCAUCAUGCCCCUAGGGAACACCGGGCCAUGGCCAGAAGGGGCUCAUGGAGAGGGCAGCCUGCCUCCCUCCCAGGCCAAGGCCCCGCCGGACGACUCCUGUAACCUCAAGAGUGUCUAUGAGAACUUCCGACUCUGGCAGCGCUACAAGCCCCUGGCCCGGAGGCACCUUCCCCAGAGUCCUGACACCGAAGCGCUUUCCUGCUUCCUCAUCCCAGUGAAACCCACGCGCGCUCGGGAGAGGAAAAGGAGACUGUGGCGGGCGUCUGUAAUCUGCGCUUUGCAGAAACAGCGGCCGGAUGAUCUUCUACGAGAUGGCGGAAAAAGUGAUCAAAGUCGAAAGCAGGAGCCCAUGAGGCAGGGAGUGAGACUGAAUGACAGAGGCCUGGUGGCCGUGGUGGCUUCUCAGUUCCUGGAGUUUGAGGCUGAGGAGGAGAUGCAGAUGCAGAAAGCACAGUGGAUGAAGGGGACCCAGAGCUUGCCUCCUCCAGCCCCGCCGAGGCUUGAACCUCGAGGACCCCCGGCCCCUGAGGUGGCCAAGCAGCCAGUGUACCUUCCCAGCAAGGCUGGCCCCAAGGCCCCGCCUGCCUGCCUGCCACCACCCAGGCCCCAGUGGCCAGCGGAGACCAAGGCCCACCUGUCACCACCCAGGCCCCAGCAGCCAGCAGAGACCAAGGUCCCUGAGGAGAUCCCCCCUGAAGUGGUGCAGGAGUAUGUGGACAUCAUGGAGGAGCUGCUGGGGUCUCACCUUGGGGCCACAGGGGAGCCCGAGGGACAAUGUGAAGAUGGCAAAGUGGAGCAGCCACAGGAAGAGGAUGGGAUGACUCCAGACCCGGGCCUCCUGAGCUACAUUGACAAGCUGUGUUCCCAGGAAGACUUUGUCACCAAGGUGGAGGCCGUCAUUCACUCCCCAUUCCUGGAAGAAUUGCUUUCCCCAGAUCCACAGAUGGAUUUAUUGGCCCUAAGCGAGGAGCUGGAGAAGGAGGAAGAACUCACACUUGCCCAGCUAGUGGAGAAGCGCCUCCUAUCCUUGAAGGAGAAACGGGGUGUGAGGGCAGCCCCUAGUCAUGGCACGGCCUGUUUGGACUCAAGUCCUUCUAAGUUUGCAGCUCGCCAAGGAGCAGAGAGAGACGCCCCUGACCCCCAACAAGGGAUCGGCAUGGAAACCUGCCCACCCCAGACGGCUGCCCAGGUCCCUCAGGGACAGGCUAGAGUGUGCACCGGCAUGGCCAGGUCCAAAGACCCUGCUGUGCUUUUGGGAUGUCAGGACUGCCCCGGGCUGAGGGCUGCCCCGCCAACCUCUCCUCUCGAGGACCACAGACCCACCUGCCCCAGCCUGGGAACCAAGGACACCUUGGAUCUCCCUGGAGCCUCUCCUGUUAAGGAGUCACACAGGCUGGCUAAGGGGUCAAGUGAGGAGAGGGAACUCCCUGGCAUGGUGUAUGUCGUGGGUUCCCACCACAGGCUGCGGCCCUGGAGGCUAUCCCAGAGCCCUGUCCCUUCCUCAGGCCUUCUCAGCCCAGGAGGGCAGGGACCCCAGGGAGCUCUUCAGUCGCCAUCUGCUCAGAGAAGAGGCCUCAGCCCAGCACCCUCUCCUGUUACCAAGUCCAAGAAGCGACUUCUCUUCGGAAGCCCAUCCCCUGCUGAAAAGAUGCCCGACCCAGGGCCUGGGCUCAGGGUCUCUGGGGAGCAAUCCCUGGCUCCAGGACUGGGUGGCCCCUCACAGUCUCAAAAGAGAAGGGGUGGCCCCUUGGUCUCCAGGAGGAAGAAAAAGCGGCAUUGUAGCCAGUAGGGGCCGCUGUGGGGCAGGCUCUCUGGUGCCAGUCCCCAAGGGUGGGGCUCUGAACUCUCGGACCCUCAUGGCAGCAGGUGCCCCAAAGCAAAGGCUGCUUCUCCCCCAGUGCUGAUCUUGCUGGGCCUUAGCUUUGGAGGGUGGAGGAGGGAGGGGAGGGAGAGGGUGGCUGAACAGGGAGGGCGGGAAGGGAGGGCCUGCGGGGAGGCGGUUGGGGGUGGGAAGCCCUUGGGGGCCUCAUGUGUAAAUGGAAUAAAUGUAGUUGUGUUGGAAAAUGCU